GAUCCGCUAUGUGUGUCACUGUGGACCGGAUUUGAGCUUCAGUGCAUUUUUGUCUUCAUUUCUGUGAUUUCACUUUUAUAAUAAUAAUAACAUUUAUAAUAAUAAUAACAUUUAUAAUAAUAAUAACAUUUAUAAUAAUAAAAUGCCGCUGGAGUUCGAACUGUGUCCCGGUCGCAUGAUCGGAGGAAAUCAGCCGUGUUUUAUAAUCGCAGAAAUCGGACAGAAUCAUCAGGGAGACGUUCAGAUCGCCAAGGACAUGAUCAAGAUGUCCAAAGAUUGUGGUGCAGACUGUGCGAAGUUCCAGAAGAGUGAGCUGGAGUUUAAGUUUAAUAAGCUGGCACUGGAGAGACCCUACAGCUCCAUACACUCCUGGGGGAAAACCUACGGAGAACACAAGCGCCACCUGGAGUUCACACACGAGCAGUACAGAGAACUGCAGAGAUAUGCUCAGGAAAUCGGCAUCUACUUCACCGCAUCGGGCAUGGACGAGAUGGCUGUGGAAUUUCUUCACCAACUCAACGUUCCUUUCUUUAAAGUCGGCUCAGGAGACACCAAUAACUUCCCGUACCUGGAGAAAACGGCUCAGAAAGGUCGUCCCAUGGUGGUCUCCAGUGGGAUGCAGAGCAUGGAGACGAUGCGGCGUGUGUAUCAGACAGUGAAGAAACACAACCAGAACUUCUGCAUCCUGCAGUGUACCAGUGCCUAUCCCCUCGAACCGGAGCACGUCAAUCUGCGCGUCAUCACGGAAUACCAGAAGGAGUUCCCGGACAUUCCGAUUGGCUACUCGGGUCAUGAAACCGGCAUCAGUGUGUCGCUGGCAGCCGUGGCUCUGGGUGCGAAGGUGUUGGAGCGUCAUGUGACUCUGGAUAAGAGCUGGAAGGGCAGCGACCACUCUGCUUCGCUCGACCCCUCUGAACUUGCCGAGUUGGUACGAUCUGUCCGCAUUGUGGAGCGGGCGCUAGGCAACGGCAUCAAACGUAUGCUUCCCUGUGAGGUGCCCUGCCAUGACAAGCUGGGUAAGUCUAUUGUGGCGAAGGUGGCGAUCCCUAAGGGAACAGAGUUAACCCUUGACAUGCUGGCAGUGAAGGUGGCCGAGCCAAAGGGUGUUGCACCGGAGGACAUUUUCGAGCUGUUGGGGAAGAAAACUGUGAAGGACAUCGGUGAGGAUGAGAGUGUCGCUGAAGACGCAGUGGAGAACUACAGCAAACGAGUCAAAGUGUGAAGAACCUCAAACGGUCCCGUGUGUCGCUGCUGUUCAGCAGUGUGAAGGUUCUCAUGGUGCUACAGGCAGAGUGAGAUACAGAAGGUCAUCACCAAAUAAAGUAUAAACCCAAAGCAAA